GCAGCGGAAAACUUCUGCUCCCUCUCCAUCGAGCCCCUUUUCGAUUCCACUGCGACUAUAUAAGCUACUACACUGCACUGCACUGCACUGUACAGGUACUGUACUGGUACUGUAUAUCCCCUCGCGGCCCUGACGUGGUUGUCACUCUCCAUUAAACUCUCCAUCCCAUUCUCACAAGUAAGCCCCACCUAAACCAGUCCUAACUAACCACUACUACCAUCCACCGCACCCCCGAGAACAACAAACUAUCAUACGGAAAACCCUCCUCUCCUUCUUAGCCCCACCACUUAACCCUGACCACCAUAACCUGGAAAACACCCUCGAGACAAUAUUUACCUACCAUAUCCCCACGUCACAAUUCUCAUCUCUCUACCAUCAUCAGUUCAGUUCCGCUUCCCUUACUCACCCACUCACCCACUCGCUCACUCCGCGCCCAACGAGAGAGAGGGAGCACAGCAACCAAACGAGACCAAACCAGCGGGUACCAGCUGCUAAAACCCUUAGCGCCACCAAGGCUCCCAUUACCAUAGUCACGUCCGUCAUCCGCCAACCCAUAAGUUAUCACAAACUUCUCGACCUCACUACCCAGCUAUCAUACACACCUCCCCUGCUUCCAGUUUCUCUCUUUUCCUUUCCUUUCUCUGCUAUCGUAUUCUGUUUGUUUUUGCUGCUGGGAUACUCUGCGUGUCUGGGGAGAUGUUGAAGAUUUGGUCUAUGGUACGUGGGACCUCUUCCUUCCGUUUCUUGUGUUUUGGUGUGGAGUGAUUUGCUGACGGAUAGAAACAGAAACAACAGCAGCAGGCUGCAUCUGCAGCGGAGGGUGGACAGAAGAAGAAGAAGGUUACCGCUGCUCAGUUGAGGGCUCAGAAAGGUUUUUAUGCAUUUUCUUCUUGUUUCUUUCGUAGCUCCUGUUAUACUGCCUGGUCUGGAUGGUUGCUUAUGCUCUUUUUCUUUUCUUUCUAGAUUUGUCAGAGUUAUCUUUACCCCCAACUAUCAGGAUGCACAUGCCCGAUCCCGAAGAUAUCUUGAACUUUACUUUGACUAUUGAGCCGGAUGAAGGUUUGUUUAUCUAUUUCAGUCUACUCUCGUGUCCUCCCUAGGCCUGUGGGGUCUCUGAUUAUUCUCUUGGGAUUAUUUCUAGGGAUGUAUAAGGGCGGUUCAUUCAACUUUACUUUUGCCAUCAACAGCAACUUCCCGCACGAACCCCCGAAGGUUAAAUGCACUCAGAAAAUAUACCAUCCAAACAUUGAUCUUGACGGGAACGUUUGCCUGAAUAUUUUGAGAGAGGAUUGGAAGCCCGUGCUGAAUCUUAAUGCUGUUAUUGUUGGGUUACAGGUAGUUAACUCCCCUCUCCAACACAUACAGGGGUAACAAGAGCUAAUAUUCUCAUCAAUAUAGUUCCUCUUCCUAGAACCUAAUCCAUCCGAUCCACUCAACAAGGAGGCCGCGGAGGACUUACGGCUCACCCGCGAAAACUUCAAGAGGAAUGUCAAAAACUCGAUGAAUGGAGGCCAUGUCAAGAAUGUCCAAUUCGAGCGGGUUCUGAAAUAGAUAGACAGGGGCAGCUGCCCGCCUGCUCUCUUUCUUUCUAACUAGCCUUUUUCUCUCUCUCUCUUUCGUUUUUUCCCUCCCAGCUUACCUAGAAAAUAUUGAUCGAAAGCUCCCUUUACUUAUGCAGCUCUUGUUGUCGAUGUUGAUUGGCCAUUACAUGUUCAAUUAGACUUUCUUUUAAGCUUCUUUCUUUAAACUGAUGGUGAUAGCGAUUAGGGUGGGGCGGGGGGUAUCACCUCGCUUCUAUUGUUCUUCCUCUCGUUUUUCUUUUUUUUUCCUGCCCUGCCCCCUCCCGAACGUCCACACAUAUCGAAAUUAUCUCCCUACCAGGGUCGAAAUUCAUCAGACUUAGCGAUUCUUCGUAUCUUAUGUUCUUCCUGCAAAUCUCGUUCUUAUCUCUGGCUUUUUAUAUGAGGGCUCUGGGUGUUACACUUUGUGCGGUCUUCGUUUUUUGUUUUUUUUACCUUUCAACCCUUUUUUGGCAUGAUGGGUUGCGUUGAUUGGAAGCUAUUCAUACUUGUUCG